UCAUCUCGCGGUUGUAGAAGUGAGAAGCGGAAGUGAAAGAGGUUUGUCGGCGGCGCAGACUAAUAAAGGCCUUUGUUCCACAUACAGUUGCGUGGGAGGAAUUUGGGGAUUAUUUCUCGGGUUAUUGAUCCCUCCGCGCGAUUUAACUGUAAAGUUGAAUUUGGUGGCUGCUGUCAGUUGUGAUAGUCGGAGAUCAUUGUCGCUGCGUGUAGUUGUCGCCGCUUAUUCGCGCCUCAUGCCGCACUCAGAGGAGAGAAUGAAGAUCUUUGUGGGGAAUAUCGACGAGCGGACGAGUGAGGGGGAGGUGACGGCGCUAUUUGAGCGCUACGGGGCGGUGCUAAACUGCGCGGUGAUGAGACAAUACGCCUUCGUGCACAUGCGCGGGACUCGCGAGGCCACAAAAGCCGUGGAGGAGCUGAACGGCCGCGAACUGAACGGGAAGAAGAUGUUGGUGGAACUGUCCAAGCCGCGGCCUCAGAACACAUGGAAAAUAUUCGUGGGCAACGUCAGUUCCUCCUGCGAAGCCGCCGAAAUUCGCAAAAUAUUCGAGGAAUACGGGCGGGUCCUGGAAUGUGACAUCGUGAAAGAUUAUGCGUUCGUUCAUAUGACGAGAGAAAGUGAAGCUAGGGCUGCUAUUGAGGCUUUGAACGGAAAGGACAUUAAAGGAAAGAGGAUCAAUGUGGAAAUGUCCAACAAAGUCCAGCGAUCGGGGGGUGCAAAUGGCGGAUCCCACAGUAGACGGCGACCAGAUGAUCGGGAAGCACCGCAGAGUCGCGAGUCGUACAACCACAGAAGAGCCACUGAAGCGGCUUAUGCCUCUUAUAAGUCCAAUUAUGAACGGCGUGCACCAGAACCGUCUCGUUACGACCCUUAUGAAAGCAGACCCCGCCCACAAUCACCAGUGUAUUAUGCAAGAGACAGGAGUCCCAUGCGUCGAUCAGAUUAUGCUUCUCUUUCACAAAGUGCCGCCCUAGCAUCAAAGUACCGCUCUGAGCUUGCAGCUUAUGGCAACCUGCCUUCCGCUUAUUCAGCCCAGGCUUCUGCUUUGGCCUCCUCUUAUGGUAAUCCGGCCACCGCAGCAGCGUUGGCUUCUUCUUACAGCAAUCAAAGAGUUUACAACAGUUCAUCUUCUGGAUAUGGCACAGAUCAAAUUGGCUCUUACAGCACCCAAGCUGCUUACAGUAAUCCAGCAUCGUCCAUCUAUGGGACACAGUCAGCUUCCCUGGCAUCGUCCUAUGGCAGCCAGCCUUCACAUAUGUCUGCUUCCCCUUAUGUUUCAUCCAUAGUGCCCGGCACUUAUCGUCCGCAGCAGGGCUCUGCCUAUGAUACCGCUUCGCUUGCCUCUCUAGGUCAGCAGUCUAUGACUUCAACUAAUCCCAUGUAUGAACGCACCCGUCUCUCCCCGCCACGGACCGCUGUAGCUGACGGCUACAAAACCUCGGCUGAUGUUCAAAGGUAUGCUACAGACCGCCGUUUUUCCGAGUUAUCCGAUUACCGCCGUUUAUCCGAGUUGUCUGCUGCCUACCGCCAAUCUCCUCCUCCGAGGCCUGCACUGGACUACCGCCGCCCGCCAGAAACUCGCUCUGAUUAUGCAAUGAAUGAUUUCUUGCGUUCAGCUCAGCUUCAUGCUGGUUACCCCCGCCGGUUAUAAUGUGCGCUUAGUGCCAGCUGACUUGUACACACUUGAAUAUCAAAAGCAAUCUCAUCAAUUCUUUAUUGUAUUUUAGUUUGUCCAAGCUUCAGUCUUUAUACAAGUUUUAUAAACCAUGUUAUCUUGCUCGAUGCAUUUAUAAUCAAUGGCUAUAUACAUAGGAAUCUAGUUAAUUUUCUUUCAUCAGAGUUUGAUUUUCAUUCUUGGAGAAAUUUUAAUUUUAGUGUGCAAAAUUGAACCACAAAUUACAGGUACAUUGCUAACCCUCGUUCCCCCAUUUGCAUAUUUAGGCAUCCUAGGUAAUACUCCAUAACCAUACAUUUCUUGCACAAGUAGAGUGUGCUGUAACAUUCAUCACUGUUUAUGUUCAAGCUUCCAUCUAUUUAGUGUCCCCCUAAGUGAAAGAUGCUUCAUUCUUCUGUGUUUUAGGCCCUCUGCUUCAUGACCAAUAUUUCUGGAUACUAGGCUUUUGCAAACUAGCAUAAGAAUUCCCAUUUACCCUGUCAGUUGAAGGGGAAAUUGCCUUUAGAUUUGUUUACAAAAAAAGAACACAUCACGUCAAUUUGUGCAAUUGCUGGUUUUCUUGUAGGGAGAUAAAAUAAGCUUUACAAAUGCAUGCUGUUGUACUUUAAACGAUCCAAAUAAAGCACCCAGUGCCCUAUCCCAUGAAAUAAGAGAAUCACAAUAGUAAAUCUUUCACUGACUAAUUUUGCUCACACACUUUAUUUGAAGGCUAGAAACAUUGUUUAAUAUCCACCAUUGUUGUUCACCUUUGAGAGAACUUUUAGUAAGAUGUAGAGAGGGAUAUUCUGAGACAAUUUGCAAUUGGUUUUCAUUUUUUAUUAUUUAAGGUUUUUGACUUAUUUAGCUUUUUAUUCAGCAGCUCUCCAAUUUGCAUUUUAAGCAAUCUGGUAGCUAGGGUCUAAAUUCCCCUAGCAACCAUGCAUUGACUUGAAUAAGAGACUGGUAUAUGAAUAGGUGAGGCCUGAAUAGAAAGAUGAGUAAUAAAAAUUAGCAAUAACAAUACAUGUGUAGCCCUAGAGAGAAUUUGCUUUUUUAGAAGGGGUCAGUGACACCCAUUUCAAAGCUGGAGAGAGUUAGAAGAAAUAACUAUAAAACUAUAAAAAAUUAAUAAUGAAGACCAAUUGAAAAGUUGCUUAGAAUUUACCAUUCUAUAACAUACUUAAAGCUACCUUAAAGGUGAACCACCCCAUUAAUAAUUUCUUGGAGUUUGUGCGCACCACUUUUUUUUUUUUUCUGUAAUUCUUGCUUCAUAAUAUAUGCUUUAAUUGCUGUUCUUUGCAGUUUUUGUUUUGGGUAGGCUUGUUUGUUUUUUUAACUACUCCUAAAUAAAGUGGUUGAAAUCGCU